AUGAUAUUGUCAAAUAGAAUUUAUUUGAAAUUGCUUAUUGUUUCUUUGUUAAGCUUUUGCUAUUCGCAAGAGUUUAAAGGAUUCGAUGACACUAUACUGUACAAAAUAAAUUGGCCAGGUAAAGAUGUCACUGACCGAUUGGUGAAGGAACAAGACGAAAACACGUUAAAUGUAAUAACAGCUAUUGGUGAAUCAUAUCAGUGUAUUUUACCAAAGCAAGAUGAAGUAAAUAAAGAAUCCGACACAACUUAUAAUGGACCUAGCCCAUUGGAACUAUUAUCACCAUUAUUCUCAAAACAAGCUUGUUCUUAUAGAGUCGAUACUUAUUGGAUUUAUGAGGUAUGCCAUGGGCGGCAUGUCCGUCAAUAUCAUAACGAACGAGAGGGGAAGACACAAAAAGAGCAAGAGUACUUCUUGGGAAAAUGGAAAAUGUUUGAUGGUCUUAAAUUAGAGGAGGAACUGAAAAGAUUAGCAAAUUUAAAUUAUCCAGGACCAACGAAGACAAGAAAAGUUGAUGGUGUAAACUUACCCUAUUUUGAAAUGAGCAUGUCUGAUGGCACAGUUUGUGACCUCAGUGGCCGACCAAGACAAACCAAUGUCUUGUAUGUUUGUUAUCCUCAAAGUAAACACAAUGUGUUUUCAGUAAAAGAAACAUCCACAUGCCAAUAUGAAGUAAUCAUUUUAACAUCCUUUUUAUGCACACAUCCUUGGUACAAGCCACCAAACAGUGAUGAAUUAAAUAUUGAUUGCCUUCCAAUUGGUGAUUCAAUGAGUAAACCCCACAACUUGAAAGUCCUUCAAUCUGAUACAUCUAAAUUGAAAAAGCAAAUAAAAAUGCUAACUGAUCCUCUCAAUAAAAAGGAAAGUUACAUAAUUGCUGUUUCAAUAGAUAAGAACGGAGAAACCAAAAUACAGGUUAAAAUACAACCAAAUAAAGAAUCAGAAUUAAAUUUGUCAAAAGAAGAUUCUUUAUUAACGCACUCCAAAACACCAAACAAUGAAAUUGAAGAAUAUGUUAAUGGAGAUUUAUGUUUAUAUGGAGGUUCUGGUUGGUGGAAAUAUGAAAUAUGUUACAAUAAAUAUAUACGACAAGUGCACAAAGAAAAAGGAAAACCGGAUGAAAUUGUUGUUUUGGGAAUGUUUAAUAUAGAUGAACAUAUAAAGUGGGUAUCUCAAAAUCCAGAGAAAAAACCUAAACUUGAUGCUUUUGGCAAGAAACAAGUUAUAUCUCAUUUUUACUCUUCAGGAUCUGUCUGUCAAAAAACUGGUGAAAAACGAGAGACUGAGGUACGGUAUAAAUGUGUCAAAGGUCGAUAUAAUGAAGAAUCAGUAGCACUCUAUUUGUUAGAGCCAAAAACAUGUAAAUACAUCUUGACAAUAGAAUCACCGUCACUAUGUGAUAUAAUUAAUGGGCCAAUGGAUGAAUAUGGAAUGUUCAACAUAAAGCCACUUUACGCCGUAGACAACAUAAAAAUUAAUACUCCAUUUCAAACACAAAUGUUAGAUAAAACAGAGCAAUAUUCUGAAGAAAAUAAAAAAGAUACUAUUCCACAUGUUGAACCAGAAACUGAAGUAUCUAAUGAUAAAAAGAAAAUUGUGAAAAUUGAGUUAUAA